GAUUCGCUUGUAUGAGUAGCUGGCCCCGAACGGAGUGUCACUCUCUAUUACCCAAAUGUUUCUCCAUAAGAGGACAUUAACCCUACUCUUCUGUUUUACACUUAACCCAGCCGAUAACUCGCAGCAGCAGCAAAAUGAGAUGGGAACCACUGAAAGAAGGUCUGCAGCAGCUCAUACUGAUCCUUAGAAAGUCGCAAUCGCCGGACACAGGCACUCAAAUGGCGGUACAAAUGACACUGGAGGAAUUCAAUCGCUAUCCAGACUUCAACCACUAUCUCAUCUACGUGCUGACUAAGCUGAAGACGGAGGACGAGUCUACGCGCUCAAUGAGUGGCCUGAUUCUCAAGAAAAAUGUCCUUGAGCACUACAACCGCCUGCAGCCGGAUAUAAUAGAGUACAUCAAACACGAGUGUCUGCAGGCGGUGGGCGACUCCUCUCCUUUGAUCCGUGCCACCGUGGGCAUCCUGAUCACCACCCUCGCCAGCAAUGGCGGCCUGCACAACUGGCCGCAGCUGCUACCCUCGCUUUGCGACAUGCUCGAUUCGCAGAAUUACGAUGUGUGCGAGGGCGCCUUCAGUGCCCUGCAGAAUAUCUGUGAGGAUUCCGCCGGGAUCCUGGACUUCAUGGCGCUAAGCAUUAUGAUUCCCAAGUUCCUGCAGCAUUUCAAGCAUAGCAGCCCCAAGAUCCGCUCUCACGCCAUUGCCUGCAUCAACCCGUUUAUUAUAAUCAGAUCACAGGCCCUGAUACUGAAUAUAGACAGCUUCAUUCACAACCUUUUCCUUCUGUCCGGUGAUGAGGAUCCCAAGAUGCAGCAGAAGGUGUGUUACGCGUUUGUAAAGCUGCUGGAAGUCCACAUGGAUCGCCUGGUGCCGCACAUGUCGCAGAUUCUAGAGUACAUGUUGUUGCGUACCCAGGACUCCGAUGAAGCCGUUGCCUUAGCGGCCACCGAGUUCUGGCUGUCUCUGGCGGACCGGGGCAUCUGCAAGGAUGUACUUGCUCCCAUUUUGUGGCAGUUACUCCCAGUUCUUGUGUGUGCGGGUCGCUACUCAGAGGUCGACUCGAUUUUCAAGGGCAACGUAGAGGAGGAUGACAUGGUGCCGGACCGAGAGGAGGACAUCCGCCCGCGUUUCCACAAGUCCCGAGCUCACACGAUCAAGAGUACUCAAGAGGCAGGCGCUGGAGCAGCAGGCGAGGAUGACGAUGACGAUUUUGACGAUGGAUUGGACGACGAUAGUUCGCUAUCGGAAUGGAACCUGCGCAAGUGCAGCGCUGCCGCCCUUGAUGUGCUCGCCAAUGUGUUCCGUGAGGAUUGCCUGCCCGUCGUGCUUCCCAUCUUGAAAGAAACGCUGUUUCACCAGGAGUGGGUGAUCAAGGAGAGCGGCGUUCUGGCCCUGGGCGCCAUCGCGGAGGGCUGCAUGCAGGGAAUGAUCCAGCACCUACCAGAGCUGAUUCCCUACCUCAUUAGCUGCCUGUCCGACAAGAAAGCCCUGGUGCGCUCAAUCACCUGCUGGACGCUCUCACGGUACGCCAAUUGGGUGGUCAACCAGCCCCACGACCAGUACUUGAAGCCGCUGAUGGAGGAGCUGCUGAAACGCAUUCUGGACUCCAACAAGCGCGUCCAGGAGGCCGCAUGCUCGGCCUUUGCCACUCUGGAGGAAGAAGCCUGCACGGAACUGGUGCCCUACUUGGAGUACAUACUAAAGACGCUCGUCUUUGCUUUCUCAAAGUAUCAGCACAAGAACCUGCUGAUUCUAUAUGAUGCAGUGGGUACUUUGGCCGAUUCCGUAGGCCACCACCUAAACAAGCCGCAGUAUAUUGACAUCCUGAUGCCGCCGCUAAUCGACAAGUGGAAUCUGCUUAAGGACGACGACAAGGACCUGUUCCCGCUGCUGGAGUGCUUAUCGAGCAUCGCUACUGCUUUGCAGUCCGGUUUUCUGCCAUACUGCGACCCAGUCUACCGGAGGUGCAUCUCGCUGAUUGAGCAGACCAUCAACCAGGAAAUGUUGUGCAAACAAAACCAAACGUACGAUCAUCCCGACAAGGAGCGCAUGAUUGUUGCUCUAGAUCUGCUGUCUGGCUUGGCCGAGGGCUUGGAUCGCCACAUUGAGACGUUGGUGGCCAAUAGUAACAUCAUGCAUCUGCUCUACCAAUGCAUGCAGGACGUUUUGCCGGAGGUGCGCCAAUCGUCGUUUGCUCUGCUGGGUGAUCUAACAAAAGCCUGCUUCCCUCAUGUGCAUCCCUUCAUGGCCGAGUUCUUUCCCAUCUUGGGUCAAAAUCUAAAUCCCGACUUCAUUUCUGUGUGCAACAAUGCCACCUGGGCCAUAGGCGAGAUUUGUAUGAAAUUGGGUGAGGAGACCAAACAGUACAUUCGCCUUGUACUCAGCGACCUGUUAAUUAUUAUCAACCGCCCGAACACGUCCAAGAAGCUUCUGGAGAAUGCAGGGAUAACGAUCGGUCGCCUUGGUUAUGUGUGCCCUUUCGAAUUGGCUCCCUAUUUGCCUCAAUUUGUGAGACAGUGGUGCACAACGCUGCGUCUUAUACGAGACAGUGAUGAGAAGAGCUCUGCCUUCCGUGGAAUGUGUCAUGUGAUCGAGGUGAAUCCUGCUGGCGUGGUGGCAGACUUCAUAUUCUUCUGCGAUGCCAUCGCCUCGUGGGUGAAUCCACCACAGGAUCUGCACCAGAUGACUCAAAAGUUGAUAACUUCAGCUUCUUAUUGGCUUCAAAAGCCAAGUGGGGGAGGAAUACUGGCGACAUUUUUUAAAUGAAUCUUCGCCAACUUUAACCGAGCGCCUGGCCACUUUAUACAACAUCUAAGGUCAAAAAAGCUAUAAAAUAGUAAGCCAAGUAGUAACAAUCUAUCUAUAUUAUUUAGUCGCCUUAUUCUUCAGCUUGUGUAGGUCAUCAUUCUUUGAUGAUCAUUUACGGUAACAUUAAAAUCCAAGCUCAUGUGAAGCAAAAAAAAUUAUUGAAAAUCAAAUUCGAACGAAAAACCAAAAUGAUUUUUAAACC